AUGAAGCUUGCAAGCGUUUCAUUUCUCCUUGUUACCCUCGCAACCGGACUUGUUUCUGGCUUGCCUCAAAGUAAUGGCGCUGGAGUAGCUCAUCUUUCCAAGCGCUCAGGGCUCAACACACCCAAUGCUUUGGCAAAGCGUGACGUCCUGGAAUGCUUUGACGAGGAUGCUGGCCCAAGUAUUGAUGACUGCAACAAGCUAGUUUCUCAAAUUAGCGAAUUUGGCAGCGAGAAUUUCAAUAUUUCACCAGAAAACCCUAUCAACUUUGAUUAUGGUAGCUGCAAGGCAACGAUCCAGUCUGAGUGUGACACUUGGACAAUCAGUGGGAGCGGUAUAGCGGAUGUAUUGCAGAAUGUCAUCUCUGGCUGUGUCAAUGAGGGAAAAUCUGGUGCAGUGCUGGACAGUGACGGUAACAACACUGGAAACCAUCAGGCCGGUCUGUUCCCAAGCGGUGAGGAGUUGCCUCCAUACCCGUAUGAGUGCUCUGCCUAGGGUAUCAAUCCUGGUGAUUCCGUUACAUGGUGGAGGACUUGAACAGGAGCCAAUCUAUUCUCAACAGAGCUUCGGUCG